UACUGCAUCCAUGGGGUCUAUGUUAUUUAUACUACCAUGCCUAAAAACAGAGAUAACUUCCUGUAAAAAAGCAAUAUUAGAACAAAAUUAACAAAUAAAAUAAACAAUAGUAAGACAUCAUUUAAUUAGUAGAAACUGCAACAUUAUCUUUCAAGAGCACGCCUAACCUAAGAAGACGCCGAUGAUCUUGGAGCUAGUUCCAUUAAUGAAUUAACCAAGAAAUUACAAGUCAGGUAGCCAUGAAAUUGAUAAAGAUGAGCCACGGUGCGCCCGCGCCGGAGGAGGAGAAGAAGGAAGAUCCUGCAGCCGUGUCCUCCCCUGCAGCAGCCCCCGCCGAAGCCACCUCUGAAGCGGCCGCUGCAGCCGCUGAGGUUAAGUCUGAAGCGCCGAGUUCGGACGCACCAGCUGCCCCCGCAGCCGUGGCCGCCGCCGCCGCCCCAGCAGCUCCGGCCGCCGAAACCCCGGCGCCCGCAGAGGAAAAGAAGGCCUAGUUUUGUAUUAGCGUAACACCGAGGACAGGGUGCGAAUGUAACAAACCGUACGUCCGUAACGUAUUGUGAUCUUUGUAAAAUAAACACUUGGAAGUAAA